AUGCCGUCACGAACAUCUACUUCGACAAUCUCAAAAUCCAAGCCCCACGGCCAAGUACUGCUACAGGGCGCGAACAUCCUGCCGCCAUCGCCAUCAACCUCUCCAGACUCUUAUCUCCUGGAGAAAUACCGAAAUCAAACGUCACCCCCGGCCAAAAGGUUUCCCCUCAAGAAUCUACGUAGGAAGAUACCGCAGCCUAAUUUACACGAUGCUGCAUCAAUCCCUAGCAUACGUCAACAUGGGCGUGAUGGAGCCGACGACAGAGAAUCUCUGAGCCUUGCUGAUCUGCAGGCCAAAAUCGCCAUUCUCACUAAGAAUCUUAACUCAGCUGAGGCUGCUUUAAGAAAAGUAGGCGACGAGAGGGAAGAAUGGAAGGAGCGGUGUAAAACAUUGGAACAGAGAGCUCGCACCAUAACCAAAGAAAACAGGGAUCUUAGGAUGCGAAACGCGGAAUUGGAAGCCGAGAUAGCACAAAAGAAGACAAUUGUCGAAGAACCUAAAGAUAGCGAGGAGGAAAAGCAGAAAAAGAAGCGAAACCGGACCAGCGCUAGCUAUAGCGAAGAACUAAAAGCGACCAGGGCUUUGAUCUCCCACCACUGGAAUAUGCAAGCCGAACAAGCGACAAAGGCUGGAAAGGGCACCGAAUGGUGUGACUGUGUCCCAUCCAAAACACUUAGAGCAGUCUUAAAAGAAGGAAGCAACAAGAGAUCACCACUGUUACAAGCAAACGGCUUCGAGGAUGUAGCAAAGGGUAGCCCCAGUGAACUAGUUGACAGUGAAGACGAGAUUAUCGACGACCAGAGGGGACAUUCGCAAUCAAGACGCCCACAGGCAAACCCUGAGGUCCGUGAAGAUGCGAGACGGCAGCGAAAGGAUGCCUUGAAGAAGAGGAUCAAGGAAGUUCGGGGAUAUGUCGAAGGACUGAAGAGAGAAAACGAUAUCCUGGAGGGUAUCUUGGUUAGCGACAAUCAAGGAGCCCCCAGUGAAGAUGCACCGCGACCACGAAGAAACGACCAUACGACGAAGAGGAAGCAUUAG